UAAAAAAACGAGGCGCAGAGCAAUUUCUCCCCUCCCUGUCUCGACAUUUCUUGCGACCUCGCCCCUGUCCCUGUCCCUGUCGACUCCGGUUUGAUGUUCUCGUAGAAGUAGAGAGCGAGCGAGAGAAGCAAGCAACAGAGAGGGAGAGAGAAACUGGAGUAGAGAACGAGCCCGGGGGACCAAGAAUUCGGUGUGGAAGCGGAGGCAAAGGGGAGGAGGAAGAAGGGAGGAGCGGUGAAGGGCGAGCGCGUCGCGCGUCGUGAUUGAUCUCGGAAUUCAAUUUGUACAGUGCUAGCUACUUUGAUAAGAAGGCCCAAAGUUGUCUUGAGACCAGAACAUUGAAACCAUGGUUUCAAAAUCAUAUUCAAAUCUGCUAGACAUGACCUCUGGAGAUGGAUUUGACUUUCGGCAACCUUUUAAGUCUCUUCCUCGUGUUGUAACUUCUCCUGGCUUUAUAUCUGAUCCUGAUUGGGAUACAAGAAGUGAUGGUGAUUCAGUUGGUUCAGCAUCUUCUACUGAGAGGAAAAUAAUUGUUGCCAACUUUCUUCCACUGAACUGUACAAGAGAUGAAGCUGGACAGUUGUCCUUCUCAUUGGAUGAUGAUGCACUACUCGUGCAACUUAAACAUGGUUUUUCAAAUGAGACUGAUGUUGUGUAUGUCGGCAAUUUGAAGGUUCAGGUAGAUCCCAGUGAGCAGGACCAAGUUGCACAGAAGCUUCUUAGAGAAUAUCGAUGCAUACCUACUUUUCUUCCAUCUGACCUGCAGCAGCAAUUCUAUCAUGGCUUCUGUAAACAGCAAUUGUGGCCACUUUUCCAUUAUAUGCUUCCAAUUUGCCUUGACAAGGGUGAGCUAUUUGAUCGCAACCUGUUUCAAGCCUAUGUCCGAGCCAACAAACUUUUUGCAGAUAAAGUUAUGGAAGCAAUCAAUACAGAUGAUGAUUAUGUUUGGGUUCAUGAUUAUCACCUCAUGCUGCUUCCUACAUUCUUGAGGAAGAGGUUACACCGAAUAAAGCUUGGUUUCUUCCUUCACAGCCCAUUUCCCUCCUCUGAAAUCUACAGGACUCUGCCUGUAAGGGAUGAAAUCCUGAAGUCGCUGCUCAAUGCUGAUCUCAUUGGUUUCCAAACAUUUGACUAUGCUCGCCACUUUCUUUCUUGCUGCAGCAGAUUGCUAGGUCUUCAUUAUGAAUCAAAACGUGGUUACAUUGGAAUAGAGUAUUUUGGACGAACAGUGAGCCUGAAGAUCCUUUCAGUGGGUGUCCAUGUUGGUCGGCUUGAAUCUGUCUUAAAGUUGCCUGCUACAGUUAGCAAGGUUCAAGAAAUUGAACAAAGAUACAAGGGCAAGAUGCUGAUGUUAGGUGUAGAUGACAUGGACAUCUUCAAAGGAAUAAGUCUGAAACUGCUCGGGCUGGAGCUUCUUCUGGAGAGAAAUCCAAAGCUUAGAGAGAAGGUUGUCCUUGUACAAAUUAUCAAUCCAGCAAGAAGCACAGGGAAGGAUGUGCAAGAAGCUAUUACAGAAACUGUUUCUGUGGCUGAAAGGAUUAAUAGAAAGUAUGGUUCUUCAGGUUACAAGCCUGUUGUCCUAAUUGACCACCGCAUACCAUUUUCUGAAAAGAUAGCGUUCUAUGCUGCAUCUGAUUGUUGUAUUGUAAAUGCUGUGAGGGAUGGUAUGAACUUAGUUCCAUAUGAGUAUACUGUUUGCCGACAGGGGAAUGAGGAGAUUGAUAGACUCAGAGGUCUUGACAAAGACACUAGUCACACAAGCACACUUAUUGUUUCAGAGUUUGUGGGUUGCUCCCCGUCUCUUAGUGGUGCUUUCAGGGUAAAUCCAUGGAGUGUCGAUGAUGUGGCUGACGCCUUGUGCCAAGCAACUGACUUGACUGAGUCUGAGAAACGGCUACGGCAUGAAAAGCAUUAUCGCUAUGUUAGCACUCAUGAUGUUGCUUACUGGGCACGCAGCUUUGCUCAAGAUCUGGAAAGAGCAUGCAAAGAUCAUUACAGCCGAAGGUGCUGGGCUAUCGGGUUUGGUCUGAAUUUUAGAGUUAUUGCUCUGUCUCCUGGCUUCAGGAAGCUGUCUUCGGAGCACUUUGUUUCUUGUUAUAACAAGGCUUCCAAAAGAGCGAUAUUUCUUGAUUACGACGGUACACUUGUACCCCAGUCAUCAAUCAACAAAGCUCCCAGUGCUGAAGUUGUUUCAAUUCUUAACACCUUAUGCAAUGAUCCAAAGAACAAUGUAUUUAUAGUCAGCGGACGAGGACGAGAUUCUCUUGAUGAAUGGUUUUCUCCAUGUGAGAAGCUUGGUAUAGCUGCAGAACAUGGCUAUUUUGUCAGGUGGAGCAAAGAAGCUGAAUGGGAAUCAAGCUAUCCAAGUCCGCAACGUGAAUGGAAGCACAUUGCUGAACCUGUCAUGCAGGUAUACACUGAGACAACUGAUGGAUCCUCCAUAGAGCCAAAGGAAAGUGCUCUAGUAUGGCACUAUCUGGACGCGGACCAUGAUUUUGGUUCCUUCCAAGCAAAGGAGCUACAGGAUCAUCUUGAGAGGGUGCUAUCAAAUGAGCCUGUUGUUGUAAAGUGCGGUCAUUAUAUCGUAGAAGUGAAACCGCAGGGAGUUAGCAAGGGGCUUGCUGUCGACAAGCUGAUUCGUACAUUGGUCAAUAACGGGAAGGCACCUGAUUUUCUGAUGUGCAUUGGCAAUGACCGAUCUGAUGAGGACAUGUUCGAAAGCAUCAACAGUAUGACCUUCAACACUUUCUUAUCACCCACAAUACCGGAGGUCUUUGCCUGUUCAGUUGGCCAGAAGCCCAGCAAAGCAAAGUACUACGUCGAUGACACCGGUGAAGUAAUCAGAUUGCUCAAGAACGUCACCCGCAUCUCUUCUCAGCGGGAGGAUGUCAGCCAUGGACGUGUGACCUUCAGAGACGUACUCGAUUUCGUGGAGUAGGCACCACCAGCUAUUUACCUGAAAUUAUUAGCUGCAAAGCAUGUACAUUCCAUUGUCUCCAGUCUCUCAAUGGUUCAUUUUAGGAGGUGUGUUAAUCCAGAGGUCUAGAGUAGCCGACAUGAAUCGUCACCAUUACAAGAACAGCAGAAAUGUGACCCGAAGUUCUCCAUUUCAAGGGUUCAGGUGAUGUAUGUGUAGGCAAUUUUGGUAGGGAAGGAGGGCUGUUUCAGGAGGUUUGCUGUGUGAAAGCAAAGCCUGUGACUUCUACAGCCGUUGGUUGUCUGAAUCUAUUCUCCUGCUGCUAUAUUGAUGAUUUUGUUGGUUCUUCUAAAACUUA